GCGUUUCUUCACCAUCUUGGCCGACUCCAUUGGCCGACUCCCAUUCUUGCUUCUCAAAAUCUCAAUUUCACUUCCUCGUCGCCAAACACUCUCGCUUCCUCACUGCGGAACGAACUCUUUCUUCUCCAAGCCUUCACUUUCCUCUAUCUUCAUUCUUCAAUUUACAUCUUCAUCUCGUCCCGUCGAGGCCUCCAAGUGGUCCCUCACCCUUCUCCUUCCACCCCCGUCUCACUCUUCUUUGCCCACAACUCGUCUCGCCUUUCUCCGCUCACUUCUAGGAAAAAUCAUCUCUCACGGAGCCCAGGACUACAAUUCCAUCAGCAUCGUAUACUUGGAGGAAGCUAUUAGUGCUAUCCAAAUUGAUUCUCCAACUUCACUCCCUCGAUCUGGUUUCAUUUAAUCAUUUAUUCUUCUAUUAAGCCAGAUUCAGUCCAACCAUACCAUUAUUUUCCUCCAAAAUCAAGGAAACCCAUACCUUGACCAUCAGUUCACAUAUUGUUGUUUCAAAAGAGUAUGGGUGAGAAAUAUUACCCGAAAAAGGAUGAACCCCUCAAUCUAGGUUGACCAAAUAGAAUUAAUUCACAAACGAGAAGCACGGUUGACAAUCAAUUCCUCCCCUGCUACUUUGUGCAUUACCAUUUGCAAUUGCAGUUCAAGUGAUGAGCCUUGCAGAUCCACCAUAGUCAAAACAGUGUUUUGGACGAAGAGGAAUGAGGUAUAUGUGUUGGGCCUGGCUUUUCAAAAGAGCUGGCUGCUAUCUAUGGAGUCUUAUAAAGUUUAGGGGUCCGCCGAGGAAGAAAUUGGAGCUGACGUGUUUUUAAUGGGAAGAGAGACGGUAACCUGAUAAUUGACGGGUGCAUCCAGAACAUCUCAUUCUUCCAAAAUCUGCGAAUUCCAUGGGUACUGUUCUCCCAGACCCGGGAUCCCAUAUCCCAGACCCGCUUAUUUUGUGUGGGGGAAAACCUUCGGGUCAAGAAUCACUAGGUGAACCCGCGACGGAGAAAGAUGAAACAAUGCAGUUUUCGAAUGAAUCUAUGGCGUGCGGUUCAGGCGCUGGGGGUGUCCCAAUUGGAACACCAUGGCAAGAAGCCGUUGGCGUAUCCGCAGAGCUGCAAGAAGAAUUGACGUUCUUGGCCGAAUCUAUGCUCUGCGAUUCGGGUUCAAGACUUCUCCCUAGCGGUUUUACCAAAUCCUCUUGUACAGAUGUAGAAGAAAUUGUAUGCUUCAUUAAUGCCGGGGCGGAUACUUUGAUAGAAUCGGAUUCAAGCAUUACCUUUAUGCCUGACAAAUAUUUCGAAGGAGGAAAUACAUUUCAAACAAAGGAGUUUAUUGCUGAGGGUGGAGAUUAUCCCUUCAUAUAUCAGACGGCACGGUUAGGAGCCUUUACCUACCUGGUUCCUGAUCUUCUUCCUGGGAAGUACGUUGUUGAUCUUCAUUUUGUGGAGAUUAUAAACAUUAAUGGGCCGAAAGGGAUGAGAGUGUUUAAUGUGUUCCUUCAAGACGAAAAGGUCCUUUCUGAUUUUGACAUCUUCUCUGUUGUUGGAGCCAAUAAACCACUGCGAUUAGUUGACUCUAUGGUUUCUAUCAAAGAUGAUGGUUUGCUUGCUAUCAAGUUUGAGAGUAUUAUCGGAAGUCCUACAGUUAGUGGCAUUUGCAUAAGAAGAGCUCCAGAAGUGUCAGCUACUCGGGCAAAACAAGAGCAUCUUACUUGUACAAAUUGUGCUGCUGAGAUAAAAAUACCAUCAGCUCAGAAAAAAGCUAUGCGAAUGCUAUCAACAGCCAAGUAUGAGAAACAGAUAGCAGAGCUAAGUGAACUAUUGCAGCGCAAGACAAAAGAAUGCUACCAAUCAUGGAUGUCUUGGUCUACAGCUAAUCAGCAGCUUGAUAAGGUUAGGACGGAACUUGACAAAAAGAUAUUUCACACAUACUCCUUGGAUAAAAGUAUGGAGGAGAAGUCUUUCAAGUUGUCAGAGAUCUCAAAUAGGUAUGAACAUGAUAAACAAGUGUGGUGUGUGGCAGUCAAUAAGCUAGAACAAAAAGUAAAGAUUAUGAAACAAGAACAUUCUCAGCUAUCGCGUGAAGCUCACGAGUGUGUCAGUUCAAUCCCUGACUUGAACAAAAUGGUCUUUGCAGUUCAAUCACUUGUUGACCAAUGCGAGGAUCUUAAGCUGAAGUACAAUGAAGAGCAAGCAAAGAGAAGAAAGCUCUUUAAUGAAGUUCAGGAGGCUAAAGGAAAUAUUAGAGUAUUUUGUCGGUGCCGUCCUUUGAGCAGAGCAGAGGUCUCUGCAGGGUGUUCAUUGGUGGUGGACUUUGAAGCAGCAAAGGAUGGAGAACUUGCAAUUAUAAAUACCAAAAAGACUUUCAAGUUUGACCGUGUUUACACGCCAAAAGAUGAUCAAGCUGAUGUAUAUGCCGAUGCGUCACCUAUGGUGAUUUCAGUAUUAGAUGGGUACAAUGUAUGCAUUUUUGCUUAUGGGCAAACGGGAACCGGGAAAACAUUCACAAUGGAGGGUAACAAGGAGAACAGGGGAGUCAAUUACCGUACCCUAGAAGAAUUGUUCAAAAUUUCAAAGGAGAGGAGUGACACUUUCACCUAUGAUAUAUCUGUCAGCGUUCUUGAAGUCUACAAUGAGCAGAUUAGGGACCUUUUGUCUACACCAUCCACAUCUUCAUCAAAGAAAUUGGAAAUUAAACAAGAUUCUGAAGGGCUUAAUCAUAUUCCUGGAGUAGAAGAACCUAGAGUUGAGAAUAUUAAUGAAGCGUGGAGUGUGUUGCAGGCUGGAAGUAGUGCACGGGCUGUGGGGUCCAACAAUGUGAAUGAGCAUAGUAGCCGUUCUCAUUGUAUUCUUUGCAUAAUGGUGAAAGCCAAGAACUUGAUAAAUGGAGAGUGCACAAAGAGCAAGCUGUGGCUUGUGGAUUUGGCAGGUAGCGAAAGACUUGCAAAGACUGAUGUGCAGGGUGAUCGCCUUAAGGAAGCUCAAAACAUCAACAGAUCUCUUUCAGCUUUAGGAGAUGUGAUAUCGGCUUUAGCUAAUAAAAGCAGCCACAUUCCAUACAGGAACUCCAAGCUGACACAUCUACUCCAAGAUUCAUUGGGUGGUGACUCCAAGGCAUUAAUGUUUGUACAAAUUAGUCCUUCAGACAAAGACUUGAGUGAAACUCUGAGCUCAGUUAACUUUGCUACCAGAGUCCGAGGGGUCGAGCUGGGCUCCGCAAGAAAACAAAUUGAUACAAGUGAACUCCAAAGAAUGAAAGCAAUGCUUGAUAAGGCACGUCAUGAUUCUAAAUCCAAAGAUGAGUCCUUGAAGAAGCUUCAAGAAAACUUGAAGAUCAUAGAGAACAAGAACAGAGAGAAGGAACAGGUUUGGAAAAGCCAACAAGAAGAAAUCAAGGAAUUGAAAAGUCAACUUGAAUUAAAGAUGUCAUUGCAUUCCCAGUCUGAAAAACAGGUGUUGCAUAUAUCCGAUAGAUUGAGGGGUAGUGAAGAGACGUGUUCUACUCUUCAACAACAGGUAACUGAACUAGAGAAGAAGAUGAGGGAGCAAGAGCAGUUAGGUUAUGAGAAUUACAAAAACAAGGUAAAGGAUCUUGAAAAUAAGCUGAAGGAACAAUUACAAGAAUCGGAGUCUCAUUCUAUCAUUCAUCAACUCAAGGUUGAGGAGGUGGAGAAGAAACUGAGAGAACAGGAAAAGAAGUCUGAAGAACUAGAGAAGAAACUAAAAAAUGAACAGGAAAAUAACCACAAGUCAACUUUACUGCUGCAAGAAAAGAUUAAGGAACUGGAAGAGAAGGUGAAGAAGGGUAAAAAAGAGCAUACAGAUGAGUCGCGUGUAGAUGAAACAGAAGACGACCUCCAUAUUCUCAAAAACUCGAAUCAUGUCAACUGCCAGCAGGACAUAAUAUCAGUUCAAAGGGGGAAACGGCUGUCGACUGCAAAUAGUGAAGCAGAAGACGACCUCCACAUUCUCAAAAACUCGAAUUAUGUUAACUGCCAGCAAAAGGAAGUAAUAUCAGUUCAAAGGGGGAAACGGCUGUCGACUGCAAAUAGUGAAGCAGAGAACAAUAUUCCACCAAGCAGCAAAAGGAAGGAACAUGAAAGUGCUGCUCUGCAUGAAGGGGUGAUGAGGAGGAAACGGAUAUUGAAAACCGAAGUGGAGAACAAUGCAUUUUCUGUUACUAGUGAAAGAAAGGGAGGCAACAGGAAAUCUGAUCCUCCAAACCUGUCCAUGGGUGGUGGUGGUGGGGGUGGGGGUGGGACUGUGAAACCCCCAUCUAAGCCAAGCUCAACUUCUGCAGCUCAGAGGACUUUGCGUAGCAAUGCUGCAAGCAGAGGAGAUCCAGUUAAAGAGAGGGAUUCCAAGAAAAGGAUCUGGUCUAGAUAAUAACAUGGUAAAUAAAUUUGAUCCAUUUAAAUUUAAUGUACAAUUCACAUACGCUGUAGUUUUUUACUAGUAAGUUCUAUUUGUGAGCAUUACAAUUCUACACCUGAAUAUUUAGCAGGCGUAGAUUAUAUUAAGCACGCACCAAUUCACAAUUAAACUGGAGUUUUCAAUGCUUUCAUCAUCAUGGAAUCGUGUUAUGCUCU